GGCAGAGCGUGGACCUGGAGUACUCUGGGUCGGGCACCUCGACACGGGGCAAACUGUCUGCUUUGCGGCAGGAGAGCUGCCUCUUCAACCUCAGCAUCGCUCCGACAGGUUACAGUGAGAUCUCCAACAUGACGGUGGAUCAGCCGGGCAGGAGGCUGUAUAACGUGAGAGAUCCCCUGCUGCAGGAGAACGUGUCUGUCUUGGUACAGACUGACGCCUCGGAAGGAAACAAGGUCAUCACCAUCCGUUCUCCGCUACAGAUCCAGAACCAUUUCUCAGUGCCGUUUACCAUCCUGAAGUAUUGUCCCAAAUCCAGAGGGAUGGUUAACAUAGGACUGGCAGAGCCCGAGAAAGAGUCUGAUGUAGCCCUGGACUCCUACAGGUGUCAGCUCUUCCUCCAGCCAGCCGGGCGCCUGGAGGGCCAGUACGGCCCGUCGUCUACCUGUAUCGCCUGGAAGGAGCAGGUCCACCUGAGCUCUGAGGUGCGGUCCCUUCUCCAGUGUCCGUCGGCAGACAGCAGCUUCCUGCCCCUCCAGGUGACCACCUUGGCCACACCAGAUCACCUGUCCUUCAUUUCCUCCCAGCGUGAGGACGACUGGGACCCUGCCUACGUCAUCCACCUCCACCCAGCUGUGACCCUCCGGAACCUUCUGCCUUACAGCAUCAGAUAUCUACUGGAGGGCUCAGCAGAGUUCCAUGAGCUCCAAGAGGGCAGCACGGCAGGCGUCCUGAACGCCCGUAUAGGAGGUGAGAUCAUGGAGAUGGACAUGCAGGGAUUCUUCCCCGUGUGCUUCACCUGCGACUCGGCCCAGGAGCUGAGCGUGGACCUGAGCGUGCACGUGGCGCGGCUGCAUGGACGUCUGACGCUGGCGUGUUCAGCCCGUACUGGAUCGUCAAUAAGGCGUCCAGGGUUCUGCAGUACCCGCGCGGAGGGCGUCUCCGUCAAACACGCGUCGGACUUCAGGGACGUCGUCCUCUUCUCCUUCAAGAAAAAGAACAUCUUCAGCAAGAACAAG